CCCUUGGACACAGCGGAUCACGGAAAGAGCCGAAGAUGUCGGCUCGGUCAUGUGAUCAGCUGUGUCCAAUCACAGCUGAUCACAUUGCCACCUGUCAGUGUCCAUCAGUGCCAGCAGUCAGUGCUCAUCAGUGCCAUGUGCCAGUGCCCAUCAGUGCCACAUCAAUGCCACAUAUCAGUGCAUAGCAGUGCCCAUCUGAGCUGCCUUUCAAUGUCACCCAUCAGUGCCACCUAUCAAUGCCAAUCAGUGCCGCCUAUCAGUGCCAGUCAGUGUCGCCUAUCAGUGUGCAUCAGUGCCGCCUAUCAGUGCCAGUCAGUGCCGCCUAACAGUGCCAGGCAGUGCUGCCAAACAGUGCCAGUCAGUGCCGCCUAUCAGUGCCAGUCAGUGCUGCCUAUCAGUGCCACCUAUCAGUGCCAUAUAUCAGUGUCAUGUAUCAGUGCUGCCUUUCAGUGCCCAUCAGUGAUGCCUGUCAAUGCCCAUCAGUGCAACCUACCAUUGCCUCCUCAUCAGUGCCCAUCAGUGCCACCUAUCAGUGUCCAUCAGUGCAACCUAUCAGUGCCCAUCACUGCAGCCUCAUUAGUGCACAUCAGUGAAGGAGAAAAAUCACUUAUUUACAAAAUUGUAUAACAAAAACUAAGAAAAAACUUUUUUAAAAAAAAAUUUUCAGUGGUUUUUGGUUUGUUUAAGAAAAAAUAA